AAAAAAAUAUCUGCCCAAGCCAAAAAGAAGAAAACCUAACUCUUUCCUGCCACUUUUUUCCUCUCUCCCCUCCAGCAGAAACAAAUGCAUUCUUUAACUCUACCAAUACAAACCAUUCCCAACAAAAGCAUAAACAAACUUCCAAAUCCUAGAACUCCACUAGCAAAUUCAUGGAAAUCCCACAACAAUAUUAAUAUUAAUACAAAUAAAUCUCUCAUGAUAUGCAGAGCUUAUUCUUCUUCAAUCACUGACUUUGACCUCUAUGAUCUUCUUGGAGUUGAUAGUUCAUCUAACCAGGCUCAGAUUAAGCUGGCCUAUAGGAUGCUGCAGAAGCGAUGCCACCCAGAUAUCGCCGGAGCAUCUGGUCAUGACAUGGCUAUUAUCCUCAAUGAAGCCUAUGCUCUUCUUUCUGAUCCAAUUGCACGUAUGGCUUAUGAUAAGGAACUGACAAAAAUUGCAGACUUAAGGGGGUACACAGGAAAACCUUUAUAUUCAGCAUGGUGUGGUCCAGAGAAUGAAGAAAGAGCUGUGUUUGUUGAUGAAGUCAAGUGUGUAGGUUGCCUAAAGUGUGCAUUAUUCGCUGAAAAGACAUUUGCUGUUGAAUCUGUGUAUGGAAGAGCCAGAGUAGUUGCUCAGUGGGCUGAUACUGAACCCAAAAUUCAAGAAGCUAUAGAUGCAUGUCCAGUUGAUUGCAUCUCGGUUGUUGAGAGGUCAAACUUGGCUGCACUUGAAUUCCUAAUGUCCAAGAAGCCGCGAGGCAAUGUUAGAAUUGGUGCUGGCAAUACUGUUGGUGCUCGCACCUCGAAUAUAUUUGAUGAUCUAGACAAAUUUCAAAGCAGAUAUCAAGAUGCCUUGAAUAAAGCUUCCAAAACCAACCCUAAGGCUUCAUAUGUGCAAAAAGAAGCACGAAUGUCAGCAUUUCAAGCAAUCCGGGCAAUGUCAAGUUGGGUCUACUGGCAAUCACCUAUUAUAGGGACUGCAGAAGCUGUCCAGGCUUUGGUACCAGUUAGGAGAAGGCUAAUUGAACCCGACAUUAAGAAGCUCAGAGCUGCUGCAGAAACUAUGAAACAAGCCAAAGCAACAGUUAAUCAAAGGUGCAACGAUGAGUAUUGGUCUCCAUCAACCCCUGCACUUCCAGAAGCAACAAACACUAGUUUGGUGGAUGAAGUUUCCUCGAAUGCUUCUUCUCCCAAAACACCGGUAGAAUUCUAUGAUGAAGCUUUCUCACCUAAGGAGAAAAUUCAAGGCAAUCCCUGGCUCUGGAGAGUGCCAUUCGCAACAGCAACAGCAGCAGCAACUAUAGUUUGGUUAAAACUUGGAGAAGAAGCGACUGCUAGACUCAACGAUCAUAUUGGUGGUUCUCUCGCAUUAGACAUUGUCAACAGCUCAUGGCUGAAGGUCAUUCUUGCAGGUGCUACAUGGUAUAUGAUUGGUAUGGCUCUAGUGGAACUUGUGGGGUCUCUACAAAGUUUGUUUGGGAAGGACAGAAAAUAGUGAACACUUUCAUUCCAGAAUACAAGUGCAAGCAGAUAAAUCUUGCAACAUAAAUGUAAAGUUACUAUAUGGCCUAAUCAGUUCCUGUCCCAAGGGCCUCAAAGUCUGCUUAUAGAAAAACAAAGCUUCACCUAUGA